AUGAUCUUUUGUAACUUUGCCUGUCCCCGUGCUUUCGCAUCCUAUUUUUGGCAUAUCCGCGGUACUCCCGCUGCGAACGAGGAGUUGCUUGCGGCCGCUGAACGGUCUCAAGCGCUUGACAAGGACCUUCAGGUUUGCGUUUCCAAAAUCCUCACUACUGGCCGCAAACUAAGCUCCCCCUCGUUGAGUGCCAGUGAGAGUUUCUUCGACAUGCCACUCAUUUGCUGUCCUGUUGAUGAAUCCGAUCCGGACCGGGAUAAGUCCUCUGACCCUGAGUCGGUUAUACACACCGCCAACCGACGCCGCUCCUCGAAUGCCCAACAGGCUCGCCACUUGGCCCACAAUUGCCCACUUUUCGAGGUUCUGCGUGCUCGAGCCACCGAAAGGAACCGAGUGCGAGAACUUCUUGAACGAGUGAGUCAGGAUCUGCAAUCCAAUCUGAUGAACCUGGUGCAGCCAGCAGAUGCCAAAAGCGCUCAACUCACCCUGCUGGACUCCUUGAACUCAAUGACAGUCGAAAAGCAGCAAAUGGAGUCUAAAAUUCGCUACCUCGAGAGCGAGGUCACAAAGAACAGGCUGCUGGCGCGCCACGAGAAGACUGAACGCCUGCGCGAGGCAGACAACGCUCGAGCGCAGCUGCAGAAGUUGCGGCAUCAUGUGCAGCACAUGACUCCCAACAGCCGCCACAAUCAAACCCCGCACACUCGGGUGCUGGCGUCUGCA